GAGUCGCAUAGUAAGAUCACUUGGUCAACAUUGCCAAGUGACUACGUGUAGAGUCGUGCUAUAACGAUGACCUGGAAGAUUUAGGCGGCUGUUGCAGCGAGGCGCUGUAGCUGCUGUGGUUGUCGUGAAACCGUGACGUGUGAGUGAGGAUGUCCCAGCUUACCGCCGCUGCUGCUGCCGCUGCCGUGUUGCCAGAGAGGAGCUGCGAGGGAGCCGGCUGAGGGAGCUCCGCAGGGAGCAGCAGAUAACGCAGCAACAAAUGCGGCAAGCGGCGGACACCACCAACACGUGAGGAGGAGUUCCUUGGGAGCCACCCGGCGUCCCGCAGGCGCCGCGAGUCCCACCUCGCCAGAGCGCUCGGCAUCGUCUGAUGAGUAUCGCCGUUGGUAGACCAUGAAACACAUCAGGUGUCAAGGUGUCGCUCUCCCGAGGAAGAGUUUUUGUUUGUCUCGGUGGGCUCCAACAGGAAGACGCAGAGCACAAAGCGGGAUUCCGUGAGUCUCACUGGUGGCGAACGGACGCGUGAGUAACAGUCGGCUAUGGCAUCCUGAAGUACCACAGCGAGACAGACCAUGACAGGUUGGAAAAAACUAACAGAGCAUGCACCAUCGGUCAACCUUCAUUUCUAUCAUUUUGAGCAUAGAAAUAUUUCAAAUGUGGAAAUUAAAUGAUAUAGCGGCAUGAUGUCAUAGGAUUUUUCUUUUCGUGCACAACUUGCAAAAGCUCGUGUAAUUUCGACCCAUAUUGUGAUGUAAAUUUAUUUAGACCUUAUAAAAGUAGUUAUUGCAACAUUUACUCUCGAUUGUGAGCAGGCCACUGGUCAGGAGGUGAAAACCCAUCCGUUUAGACCCAGUGAAGCAGAGGGAGGAGGCCCCGUGCUGGAGGAAAAGCCAAAGGGCCAACGCAGACUGGGGCUGACGGUUCAGGGCCACUCCUUUUCCAGCAAGCCCAACGUCAUAGCCUUCAAGAAUUUUGAUGUUGGGAAAAUAUACAAGUUGAAAGUGGUUCUGACCAACGUGUCCUACACCAGCAACUUCUGCCGCUACAAGGGCAUGAGCGAACAUCUGGAGGACUCCGUCAGUGUGCGGUUCAAGCCUCCGGGACAGAUGUCUGCAGGAAUGUCCUUUGAGCUGAUGGUUACUUUCGAGGCGACAAAAAACGAGGACCUGAAUGGAGAGCUGCAGUUUGCAGCUCAGAGCGGACCCUUCACAGUGCCAGUGCAGUGCACAACUAAGAAAUGUGACGUGACGGUGGACAGGUCCAAGAUUGACUUUGGCACCCACGUGGUCGGAGAGACCAUAAGGAGGACCUUCACGUUGGUGAACCGAGGUGCUCUCGGGACCAGGUUCCGUUUCGUGAAGGCAGACUAUAAAGAGGCACAACAGGUCCGGGCAGCACCACGUGGGUGUGUGGCAGUGCCAGCUCACAGCAAGGCCCUGAAAGCACACGCACUCCCGUAGGGCUGUUGUCUACAUCAGGCUAGCCACAGAUACCUGUGGUUGUGAUCAAUGUUGCCAUAUGUACACAGGAGUGGUUGGCAUGACAGCUGCUGUGGGUCUGUGAGGGAUCCGGGGAGGGUCCUGGGGGUCCAGUGUGGGUCUGGGGGGUGGGGGUUGCCAGUGUGGGUCCUUGGUGCAUCUUGGGGGGGUCUGAGGUAGCACCGUUCUUUCAAACACCUUUAAAGUGGCUUUAAAAUAUUCACCCACUCACAUACCUAUUCACUUACCCACUUAUCUAUUCACCCUGUCUCUGUGUCUCUCUGCCCGCUAUAAAUGAACUCACCAACAAGCACGGAAAGGACUGCACUGACGCGGAGCCUAUGUCCACCGCGUCUUAUUUCCCCUUACCACUCGGCCCUACAACAACAACAAGCGCAGUUCCAAACUUGGUGGCGGUGACACCACACAGCGCUUGUGCAGGCGAGGUGCACUCUCGUGUCACGUGAAAUGUGGAAGGCUCCGCUGGCAAGCCACGGACCCGACCCAGGUGCCAUGAAUUGACCGAGAGGACCGGCAGAUUCACAACAUAUUCUCUCCACUGCUGAAUUCUAUUCACCCAGCACUCCGGUCGUUGAUGUCAGCAUCGCUCCUCCGCAGUUAUUGGAGGACAGCUGUCUCCAACUGCUUUGUAGUCUAAAGUAGCGUCCUUCACGAACUUCUUCCUCCACACUAGUUACGGUCAUCGGCAAGUCAUCAGGUAUCCGCAUCUGUCAUGGUUUGUGCGGAUGCGGUUCAGGGUGGACCACGAAUCCGCAUCCACUGAUGCACAAAUGUAAACUUAACUCUCCAGUAAUAGUGUGACUGUCCUCCAAAACAGACCGUACAACAUUACAAUGACACGAUGCCGAAUCACAAAUACGAAGGAGACAUCACAGUGAUACACUCCGCUACUCCUGACACAGUUAUCUGGCUUGACCACCUGAAUGUGAAAUUGUAGUUGUUGCUCUACAUCUACAUCAGCAGCCAUACGAAAGAAGAUCCGCACGUCGACUCCGCUCCACAUCCUCCUCAAGCCCGGACCGCGCCCGUUCAGCCCCUCUUUCUAUCCAAUCAAACAGAAGCUGCUUCGUUAUGGUUCGGUUGUGUAUUUUAUAACUUUAAUAUCCAUAAGAGGUGUUUGGGUUAGAUCGCGUAAAUGUGAAUGUGU